AUGAAGGUAGCUUGGCAACGUUUGAUCCGAUUCGUCUCAACUGACGGGCGUCUUUUGCGCGGAGAGCCCAUCCUCCCGACUCCUGAUUUUGAUCUCGGAGAUACCACUGAAGAGACGAAACUCAAGGCUCGAGUCAUCGAGGGAGAUGACCUUUAUGACACAACUGGUGCCACUCGUGUUACAGAUGAAGUAGUCACAGUCAAGACCUUGUUAGGACCCCUUGUCGCUAGCGAUGUAUCCAUUCUCAGAUGCGUGGGACUCAACUAUGCUACACACAUUCGUGAAGCUGGACGCAAGACACCGCCUUUUCCUUCCAUCUUCUUCAAGCCUUCUACAACAAUACAUGACCACGGAGUCAACGUGGUGAUCCCCAAAGUCGCCCAGGAUGACCAAGCAGAUUACGAGGGAGAACUGGUCGUGAUCAUUGGGAAGGAUGCCAAGAACAUCAAGGAGAGCGAGGCUCUUGACUACGUCGCCGCUUAUACAGCAGGCAACGACAUUUCCUCUCGAAAAUGGCAGAGAGAUCCGAAUCUCGCUGGUGGAGUGCCGCAAUGGGGCUUCUCAAAGGGUUUCGAUACCUUUGCGCCUCUAGGUCCUGCCCUAGUUUCAAGUUCUGUCAUAACAGCGCCUGAGAAACUCCAUCUGCAGACAAUUGUGGACAAGGAAACCCGACAGGAUGCAGGUCUUGAUGACCUUGUGUUUUCUAUUCCUCGUUUAAUUGCACACCUUUCGUCCGGAACUACACUACAGAAAGGAAGUGUUAUUAUGACGGGUACUCCAGGAGGUGUUGGUGCUGGCUUACAGCCACCAAAGUACUUGGUACCUGGUACCCAGAUGGAGGUCAAGAUUACACAGAUUGGCACUCUCAAGAACGGCGUCGAUUACGAAUAG